AUGCAUUUACCACAGAUCAAGAAGUCUUUGGACCGGGUCCUUCACCCACUGGACUAUGACGGUCGUCAACAGGCCAAGGAGGCUAAGCUUGAAAAGCGCUUUCUCAAGGAAAACAAGCCUAAGCCUCUACCUUCUUCACGUGUCAAUAUCACCCAAGAAUCCCUUGUGACCGAAUUGCCCGUCAUUACUUUCUUUCGUUUGCCUCUAGAGAUCCGCAUGCAGAUCUAUGAACUCGUCCUCGGUCAGCGCCUCCUACACCUUAUCCACUAUCCAGGCUGCAUAAAGCAUAUCGACUGUGGACGUGAGCACGCAAAAGAUGUCGAAAUUCCAAGUCAUCAGCCAGCAGCAUACAACGUUGCACACUGGCGCAAUAACACUACUACCGGUCUUCCGUUACUACUUACUUGCAAGACGAUCUAUCGCGAGGCAAUCCACGUCUUGUAUAGGACCAACACAUUCUCCUUGAGCGAUCUGAAUAUACUAAGAUACUGGAGAGACCUCCCUCUCGUACGCCUCCAGCACUUCCAAGAUAUACACCAAUUGAAGAUUUCCUGGACUUACUACAAAAAUCCUGGCCUAUCUAUAGGCUUGGUCUACGAGCCAUAUGACUGGUCCACAUGGCAGCGCUUCUGGAAUAUUCUUGCUAGAGAGAUGCCAAAUUUGAGAAAAUUGGAACUGGCUUUGGAAUGUGUCGGGAUGGGAGAGGAAGUUUAUGUAGACCAGCCAUUCGUGAAAGUCAUGAUGGAAGUCAGAGGCAUUGAGCAGUCCUCACUUGAUAUCUCAACAAGAGAUACAACUGGCGCUUUACUCUCCAGUAUGGGCAUAAGAGUCAUAGCCAGGAUAAGACCCCAACAAAAGCAUGAGCUAGAUAAGGAUACAAUUAUCUCAAUAUCGAACACUAACAGCGCAGCUGUGGUCAAGGUGCCAAACCCCAAAAAUGGAAGUGAACUGUACUCUUUCCAAUUCAGUGGUGUCUAUGAUCAGCAUGCGACUCAACAGGAUAUCUUCGACAAUGAAAUCUCCCCCACAAUAAAACAGCUCUUCAGCGGCUUUGACGUUACAAUUUUUGCAUAUGGCAGCACUGGUACUGGCAAGACGCAUACAAUGCGGGGAGCGAAAUCACUCGCCGAUCGAGGUGUUAUCCCACGGCUUCUGUCUGGCGUCUAUCGUCGGGCUCGAAAGAUGAUGAAAGAUUCCGACGGCGCCACGAGCGUCAGAAUAGCUCUUGCAUAUUACGAGAUUUAUAAUGACAAAGUAUUCGACCUCUUCGAGCCGUCAGAGAAACGGUCUGCUACAGGACUGCCAAUCAGAGACAAUGCAGGCAAGACAGUCGUUGUUGGCUUGACGGAGAGACCGUGUGAGAGCUUGAAGGAAUUCGAGCAAUUGUAUGAUGAAGCAAAUGUCAACCGAUCGACAGGGGCUACCAAACUCAAUGCAUCUUCCUCUCGCUCGCACGCAGUUCUACGUUUGACAUUAACCAUCUCCUCGGGCGACGAAUUAAGGACCUGCAUAGCAUCCGCCAUCGACUUAGCAGGCUCAGAAGAUAACCGGAGAACCGAAAAUGGCAAAGAGCGAAUGGUAGAAUCCGCGAGUAUUAACAAGAGUUUGUUCACACUUGCGAAAUGCGUCGAGGCAAUUGGCCGUGGCGACGAGCGAAUUCCUUAUCGAGAGAGCAAGAUGACUCGGAUAUUAUCCUUAGGUCAAACGAAAGGAAUCACGGUCAUGAUCCUGAACUUAGCACCAAUUCGAUCGUGCCACCUGGACACCUUGAGCUCGCUUCACUUCGCCAAUCGAACGAAGAAAAUUGAAGUCAGAGAGAUAGAGAAUGAACCUGUCUUCAAAGGUUGUACCCGGGCCGUACCAUCUUUCGUUGGAUCAACCAUACAGCGACAGCCUCUCCGGCCCUUGGCAAGCACAGUGCACAAUGCAGGCAUGGCCGCCGCUUUAGUAACGAAGAAAGUCGACAAACAGUCUAAAACUUUCGCUGUAUUUUCGGAUCGAUCACGCCCGUCUAAUGGUCAGUUGCGAUCGCGUCUGGCACCACAGACUCACAGGUCUCCCCUGAAGCGAUCAUCCGAUCUGUUCUCCUCAUCGGCAUCACGGCCAGCAAAGCGGAGGACACAAUUCAAGAAAAUGGACACUUCCCAGCCGAAUAUGUCACAGCAGGCAAUGGAAGACAUGAUCGAGCGCAAGGUGACAGACAUGCUGGCCGCACGAGCGCUUGAUCAGCCGUCCAUAGCUCCUCAGCCGGAAAUUAGUGAGGACGUCCGGCGACGACUAGCAGAUCUUGAGAAGAAGAUCGAAGGUAAAGAUGAUGGGCGGGAGCAAGGGUUGAGUUUCCUCUUGAUGGCUAAACAACAUGCCGUACGCGGUGAGGAUGCGAGCGCGCUACGAAUGUAUACGCUUGCGAAAGACUUCUUUCCUCAACACCAAAAGCUUGAAUUCAAGAUUGAGAAGCUACAAGCCAAGAUGAUCCUCAAACAAGAUGCUGUCGAGAUAGAUCGACAAGAGAUCACUCCCCAGGGCUCGAAGCCAAACAAGUUUCUGCUGAAGAAGCCGAGCCAACGGUGUAUGGACGAGAAUGAUCCAGAUUACGAGCCUGAAUCGCGCACCGGACAGCGACAUGAUAGAAUAAAUUCUCCGCCCAUUGAUUGGGAGAGCGGUCAAGAGCAGACUCCUCGAAGCCAACGGCUAUUGCAAGUAGUCAACAGUAGAGAUGUAUCUCGGAUACGUCAGUUGAAGGGAGUGGGUGCGAAAAAGGCUAAAGCAAUACUAGAGGCUUUUGCAACACAAGAAGAGCCAGGACGACUGGUACGAGAUUUGAGGGAGUUGAGUCAUCUGAAAGGCGUUGGGGCCAAGGCGGUGGAAAACAUGCGGGAAGCUUUAUGA